CGCAAUGCCAGGACCGGAGGACUCAUCAGAAUUGGGUGAAAUAGAGAAUGUCAGGGUCGUGGUACGAGUUAGGCCCUUGAAUGGAAAGGAGUUAGAGGGUCAUUGCAAAAAAAUAGUCAAAGUUGACCGUCUAAACUCGGAAAUAACUGUCGAAAACCCAAACGCAGCUCACGGAGAGCCUCCGAAAGUGUUUUCUUUCGACGCGACCUUUGAUGACGACUCGACCCAAGUCGAUAUUUACAAUGAGACGGCUCGUCCUAUCGUCGACAAAGUGCUGCAAGGCUACAAUGGGACGAUACUGGCCUACGGACAAACUGGAACCGGUAAAACUUACACGAUGUCCGGAGCUAAAACUCCCCCGCAAUUACGCGGAAUAAUUCCCAAUACUUUCGCACAAAUAUUCGGCCACAUUGCUAAGGCCGAUGAUAAACAGAAAUUUCUGGUUCGCGCGACUUAUCUUGAAAUUUACAAUGAAGAGAUACGAGAUUUGCUGGGAAAAGACCAGAACACGCGCCUUGAAGUCAAGGAGAGACCCGACAUCGGAGUUUUCGUCAAAGACUUGAGCGGAUACGUUGUAAAUAAUGCCGACGAUCUUGACAGAAUUAUGUCGCUUGGAAAUAAAAACCGGGUGGUGGGGGCUACUGCAAUGAAUGUUUCAAGUUCAAGAUCCCAUGCAAUAUUCACAAUAACUGUUGAAUCCAGCCAACUUGGUGAAGACAACGAGCAGCAUGUUAAAAUGGGGAAGCUACAUCUUGUCGAUUUGGCUGGUUCAGAGAGACAAAGCAAAACAAAAGCAACAGGAAUACGACUACGCGAAGCGACGAAAAUAAAUUUGUCAUUAUCAACACUCGGUAAUGUUAUAUCCGCUUUGGUUGACGGUCAGAGUUUUCAUGUGCCUUACAGAAAUUCAAAAUUAACCCGGUUGUUGCAAGAUUCAUUGGGUGGAAAUUCUAAAACAUUAAUGUGUGCAAAUGUAAGUCCAGCGGAUAUGAACUACGAUGAAACAAUAAGCACUUUAAGAUAUGCGAAUCGCGCGAAAAAUAUAAAGAACCGAGCGAGAAUAAACGAAGAUCCGAAAGACGCGCUACUGAGACAGUUCCAGGACGAAAUAGAACAACUCCGCAAACAACUGGAGGAAAACGGUGAGGAGUUGUCAGAGGGAGACUCAGAGGGAGACACUGAUGAGUCAAACCCCGCAGAAGAGGAGUCUAAUUCGAAAAAACUGAGACGCAAAAGUCAAAUUUUGACGAUGGAAGAGUUGGACGAUAAAGAUAUUGAAGCUGCGCAGGAAAAAAUCGACAAAGCUGAGUACACUGACAAGAGCCCAGACGACACGGAUGUUAUUGAGUUGAAAAAGACGCAAAAUGAAAAGGAAGUGCUGCGUGAAAAAAUGCAAAAUUUGCAGAACAAAAUUCUGGUCGGCGGGGAAAAUUUGCUGGAGAAAGCUGAAGUCCAAGAACAGCUGCUGGCAGCUUCGGCAAUUGAGUUAGACCAGCGGAAGAAGCGCGAGGAGCAGCUGAAGAAAGCCAUCGAGGAGAAAGAAGCCGAGCGAAUUGAUAUCGAGGAAAAGUACUCGUCGCUGCAAGAAGAAGCCGCGGGAAAGACUAAGAAGUUGGCCAAGGUCUACACGAUGCUGAUGUCUGCGCGGGCUGAGCUUCUGGAUCUCCAGGAAGAACAUCAGCGAGAAAUGGAGGGCCUGCUUGAGGGCGUUCGCGGAAUCGGGCGCGAAUUACAGCUUCAAGAGCUUAUUUUAAAUAAUUACAUACCGGUUCAGUAUCAGACGAUGAUCGAGCGGUACGUUCACUGGAACGAGGACAUCGGCGAAUGGCAAUUAAAGUGCGUUGCUUACACGGGUAAUAAUAUGCGCAAAGCGCAAACCACUGCUUCUAUUGGCACCGCUAAAGAUCAACCGCAAUUAGAUUUAUCUAAUAUUUAUUUGACUUAUAAUGAGCCAGAGAGCAAUCUUAUGCAGACUAAAAAAUUACGGGGACGUUCUGGCGUACCUAGACCCACUACUGCUCACAAACAUGUGGUACUCGCGAGCUUUUAUCACAGAGUAAGGAUCUGCUGGGUGAGAACCGCG